GAAAUACAAACACAAUAUUUGUGUCUGUUUCAUACAAAUCGCCUGUCCAACAAUUUUUCAGUAGUCAGCUAACAGCAAUAUAAAUAACAGAUAAAUCAUGAAGGUCGUUAUUUUCCUGGCUUUGGUCGCAAUAGUUGCGUGUAAGUCGACAAAAUCAGCUAAUCCACGUCUGGAUGGUUAUUGGGAAUUAUUCAAGAAAACUUUUGGUAAAUCCUAUGAUGCCCAAGAGGAAAAUUAUCGCCGGCUGAUUUGGGGGAAAAAUGUUGGUGAUAUUUUGCGCCACAAUUUUGAAGCAAAACUCGGGCUGCAUUCUUUCACGAAAGGAUUGAACAAGUAUUCUGACAUGAGUUUAAAAGAACGCAGAGCAAAACUAAAUGGCUUCAUUCAUCCCACCAACGUCACCAGAAGACUUAGCGUUUGGCUGCCACCUAUGAAUUAUGAGCUUCCAGAACAGGUGGAUUGGAGAGAACAAGGUUUAGUAACACCUGUAAAAGAUCAAUUGGUCUGUGGUUCUUGUUGGGCAUUUUCAGCUACUGGAGCUCUUGAAGGUCAACACAAAAGAAAAACUGGCCAACUAAUGUCCUUAAGUGAACAAAACCUUGUAGAUUGCUCUCGUGCUGAAGGAACUGGAGGCUGCCAUGGUGGGUGGAUGGACCAGGCCUUCGAAUAUAUCAAGAUUAACAGAGGAAUUGAUACUGAGGAGUCAUAUCCAUACACUGGUUUGGAUGGAAAAUGCCACUACAAAGAAUCUACGAAAGGUGCCACGUGUAGUGGGUUUGUGGACAUUCCCUCUGGAGACGAAGAAGCUUUGAAGAUAGCAGUUGCAACAAUCGGACCAAUCUCAGUCGCUAUAUGCGCAAGUGAAGACUUCUACGAUUAUAAAGAUGGAAUAUAUGAGACUGACGAAUGCGACAAAACUGUUGAUGCUUUGAACCAUGCCGUCCUAAUUAUUGGUUAUGGCACUGAAAACGGGAAAGAUUAUUGGUUGCUGAAAAACUGUUGGAGUUCAAGUUGGGGAAAGGGUGGAUACAUGAAGAUGGUGAGAAACAAGGACAAUCAUUGUGGAAUUGCGACAAAAGCCAGUUUUCCACUAGUAUGAUAUUCUUCCUGUGCAGAAGUGAAGAGUUAACUGUGAUACACUAUUUUUAUGAUUCUCAUUGCUGUGAUCGAAUUCAUAUUCAAUGUAGCUUUUUUUAUAUAUAAUUUUUAUAAAAAGAUAUUUUGAUUUUUUU